CACCCCACCACACCACACACACACACCGUCUUCCUUCCUCUGUCCAUCCCAACGGCGCCAAGGUUUGGGCUCAGGCUGUCAUUACUCGGGUGGGCUGGGCCGGUGUCCCGUUCCGAGAUGGGGGGCGGCUGCGAGCGGGGACUGCAGAUGCUACUGACCACGGCGGGGGCGUUCGCCGCCUUCACCCUGAUGACAAUCGCCGUGGGCACUGACUACUGGCUGUACUCCCGGGGCGUGUGUCGUAGCAAGGGCGGCGGUGACAACGACACGGUCCGCAAGAACGAGGAGGUGAUGACCCACUCCGGCCUCUGGAGGACCUGCUGCUUGGAAGGUAUCUUCAAAGGAGUCUGCAAAAUAAUUGAUCAUUUCCCUGAGGAUGCAGACUAUGAACAAGACACAGCGGAGUAUUUGCUGCGAAUUGUUCGAGCCUCCAGCCUGUUCCCGAUACUCAGUGUGGGAUUACUGUUCCUGGGUGGGAUCUGCAUAGCAGCUAGUGAAUUCUACAAAAGCAGACAUGACAUUGUCCUCAGCUCUGGGAUUUUUUUCGUUGCUGCAGGUUUAAGCAACAUAAUAGGAAUUAUAGUAUACAUAUCAGCAAAUGCAGGAGAUCCCGCACAGAGCGAUACCAAGAAGAACAAUUACUCCUAUGGAUGGUCGUUCUACUUUGGGGCACUGUCGUUCAUCAUUGCAGAAACAAUGGGAGUGUUAGCAGUGCACAUGUAUAUUGAGAAACACCGAAUGCUGAGGGUAAAGUCUCCGAACCAUGAACUGAAGAAGUCCACACUUGCCCGAAUUCCCAGCUACAGGUACCGGUUCCGGCGCAGGUCAAGCUCCCGUUCUACUGAGCCUCGAUCAAGGGACUCUUCCCCCAUUGGAGGUAAAGGCUACAACACACCACCCUCCACUCAGAUAUCAAUGUAUGCGCUCUCCAGAGACUCUUCAAAAGCAGUUGUUUCAACAAACUCGACUUCUGAAAGGAAUGCUAAAUUCCUGCAGGUUCACAACUGUGUUUCGAAGGAAUGGAAAGGAAGUCUCCACUCAAACGCUGCCAACAGGCGAACCACUCCUGUCUAACAGUAGCCAAGGAGGGAGUGUGCCAUGAUGGUAGAGGCUUCAUCACAAGCCUUGGCUCCCUCCCACCAAGCUUAGAAUCAAAGAUUGAAGACAGGUUGAAAAAGUUUCUAGCAAAGCCACAGGAGAUACAAUGGCUCCACUUCUGCAUGUCCCAACUGAACACCCGGUUUCACCGACUGACCUCCCCUACAGAGCAGUGAAUAAUUUUAAUGAGAUGGAUUGAUAUAUUCUUACCAUUUAAAUGCUUAAUUUUAUUAAAUUUUGAAAAUAAGAGCACAGUUGAAAUCAAAUAGUUUAAUUGCUAGGAGCACUGAAUUUGAUGACACACAUUGGUGAUUUAUGUAAAAAUUGAAUAACAGGA